AAUCAUCCAGUUUUCUAAAUUAUGGAAAUUUUGUGGAAGACGUUGACCUGGAUUUUGAGCCUCAUCGUGGCUUCAUCGGAAUGUCAUAGUGACCACAGGCUUUCAUACAGUUCUCAAGAGGAAUUCCUGACUUACCUAGAACACUACCAGCUAACUAUUCCAAUAAGGGUUGAUCAAAAUGGAGCUUUUCUCAGCUUUACUGUGAAAAAUGAUCAACACUCCAGAAGAAGACGGAGUAUGGAUCCUAUCGAUCCACAACAGGCAGUAUCUAAGUUAUUUUUUAAACUUUCAGCCUAUGGCAAGCACUUUCACCUAAACUUGACUCUCAACACAGAUUUUGUGUCCAAACAUUUUACAGUAGAAUAUUGGGGGAAAGAUGGACCCCAGUGGAAACAUGAUUUUUUAGACAACUGUCAUUACACAGGAUACUUGCAAGAUCAACGUAGUACAACUAAAGUGGCUUUAAGCAACUGUAUUGGGUUGCAUGGUGUUAUUGCUACAGAAGAUGAAGAAUAUUUUAUUGAACCAUUAAAGAACACCACAGAGGAUUCCAAACAUUUCAGUUAUGAAAAUGGCCAUCCUCAUGUUAUUUAUAAAAAGUCUACCCUGCAGCAACGACAUCUGUAUGAUCACUCUCAUUGUGGGGUUUCAGACCUCAUAAGAAGUGCCAAACCUUGGUGGCUGAAUGACACAUUUAUUUUUCCUUCUUCACUACCAAUUAAUGGCACGCAUAUCCGCCAUAGACAGAAGAGAUCAGUAAGCAUUGAGCGGUUUGUGGAGACAUUGGUAGUGGCAGACAAAAUGAUGGUGGGCUACCAUGGCCGCAAAGACAUUGAACAUUACAUUUUGAGUGUGAUGAAUAUUGUUGCCAAACUUUACCGUGAUUCCAGCCUAGGAAACGUUGUGAAUAUUAUAGUGGCCCGGUUAAUUGUUCUUACAGAAGAUCAGCCAAACUUGGAGAUAAACCACCAUGCAGACAAGUCCCUCGAUAGCUUCUGUAAAUGGCAGAAAUCCAUUCUCUCUCACCAAAGUGAUGGAAACACCAUUCCAGAAAAUGGGAUUGCCCACCACGAUAAUGCUGUUCUUAUUACUAGAUAUGAUAUCUGCACUUAUAAAAAUAAGCCCUGUGGAACAUUAGGCUUGGCCUCUGUGGCUGGAAUGUGUGAGCCUGAAAGGAGCUGCAGCAUUAAUGAAGACAUUGGCCUGGGUUCAGCUUUUACCAUUGCACAUGAGAUUGGUCACAAUUUUGGUAUGAACCAUGAUGGAAUUGGAAAUUCUUGUGGGACCAAAGGUCAUGAAGCAGCAAAACUUAUGGCAGCUCACAUUACUGCAAAUACCAAUCCUUUUUCUUGGUCUGCCUGCAGUCGAGACUAUAUCACCAGCUUUCUAGAUUCAGGCCGUGGUACUUGCCUUGAUAAUGAGCCUCCCAAGCGUGACUUUCUUUAUCCAGCUGUGGCCCCAGGUCAGGUGUAUGAUGCUGAUGAGCAAUGCCGUUUCCAAUAUGGAGCAACAUCCCGUCAAUGUAAAUAUGGGGAAGUGUGUAGAGAGCUCUGGUGUCUCAGCAAAAGCAACCGCUGUGUCACCAACAGUAUUCCUGCAGCUGAAGGAACACUCUGUCAAACUGGGAAUAUUGAAAAGGGGUGGUGUUAUCAGGGAGAUUGUGUUCCUUUUGGCACUUGGCCCCAGAGCAUAGAUGGGGGCUGGGGUCCGUGGUCACUGUGGGGAGAGUGCAGCAGAACCUGCGGGGGAGGCGUCUCCUCAUCCCUAAGACACUGUGACAGUCCAGCACCUUCAGGAGGUGGAAAAUAUUGCCUUGGGGAAAGGAAACGGUAUCGCUCCUGUAACACAGAUCCAUGUCCUUUGGGGGCCCGAGAUUUUCGAGAGAAACAGUGUGCAGACUUUGACAAUAUGCCUUUCCGUGGAAAGUAUUAUAACUGGAAACCCUAUACUGGAGGUGGGGUAAAACCUUGUGCAUUAAACUGCUUGGCUGAAGGUUACAACUUCUACACUGAACGUGCCCCUGCGGUGAUUGAUGGGACUCAGUGCAAUGCGGACUCACUGGAUAUCUGUAUCAAUGGGGAAUGCAAGCACGUAGGUUGUGAUAAUAUUUUGGGAUCCGAUGCUAGGGAAGACAGAUGUCGAGUCUGUGGAGGGGAUGGAAGCACGUGUGAUGCCAUUGAAGGGUUCUUCAAUGAUUCGCUGCCCAGAGGAGGCUAUAUGGAAGUAGUGCAGAUACCAAGAGGCUCUGUUCAUAUUGAAGUCAGAGAAGUUUCCAUGUCAAAGAACUAUAUUGCUUUGAAAUCCGAAGGAGAUGAUUAUUAUAUUAAUGGUGCCUGGACUAUUGACUGGCCUAGGAAGUUUGAUGUUGCUGGGACAGCUUUUCACUACAAGAGACCAACUGAUGAACCAGAAUCCUUGGAAGCUCUAGGUCCCACCUCGGAAAAUCUCAUUGUCAUGGUUCUGCUUCAGGAACAGAAUUUGGGAAUUAGGUUUAAAUUCAAUGUUCCCAUCACUCGGACCGGCAGUGGAGACAAUGAAGUUGGCUUUACGUGGAAUCAUCAGCCUUGGUCAGAAUGCUCAGCUACUUGUGCGGGAGGUGUCCAAAGACAGGAGGUGGUCUGUAAAAGAUUGGAUGACAACUCUAUUGUCCAGAACAAUUACUGUGACCCUGACAGUAAGCCGCCUGAAAAUCAAAGAGCCUGCAACACUGAGCCCUGCCCACCUGAGUGGUUCAUUGGGGAUUGGUUGGAGUGUAGCAAGACUUGUGACGGUGGGAUGCGCACCAGGGCAGUGCUCUGCAUCAGGAAGAUUGGACCUUCUGAGGAGGAGACUCUGGACUACAGCGGCUGUUUAACACACCGGCCUAUUGAAAUGGAGUCCUGCAACAACCAGUCAUGUCCACCGCAGUGGGUGGCUUUGGACUGGUCAGAAUGCACUCCCAAAUGUGGUCCAGGAUUCAAGCAUCGAAUUGUUCUAUGCAAGAGCAGUGACCUCUCUAAAACAUUCCCAGCUGCACAGUGUCCAGAAGAGAACAAACCCCCUGUCCGUAUCCGCUGCAGUUUGGGCCGCUGCCCUCCUCCUCGCUGGGUAACUGGAGACUGGGGCCAGUGUUCCGCUCAGUGUGGCCUUGGGCAGCAGAUGAGGACCGUGCAGUGUCUGUCCUACACCGGACAGGCGUCUAGUGACUGUCUGGAAACUGCUCGGCCUCCAUCAAUGCAGCAGUGUGAAAGCAAAUGUGACAGUACCCCCAUUUCCAAUACUGAAGAGUGCAAAGAUGUGAACAAAGUGGCGUAUUGCCCGCUGGUGCUCAAGUUCAAGUUUUGUAGUCGAGCAUACUUCAGACAGAUGUGUUGUAAGACCUGCCAAGGACACUGACCCGUGGAGAGCCAGAGAGGGAGCCUUGUCAUUUCAUCGUGGAAAUGCGUCCAUCAACGAGAGCCACCCAGAGGAAGAGGAUUGAUGUCCUUGCAAAUGCAUUACCCUGUGGAAAAUGUAACCACUGGUCAGCCCUAGCUGACAGGAUUUCAAUAUUAUUUUAACUUCUGUGAAGUGGGAUUUAUUGAUCCAAAGUGCUGGACACAGUAUUAGGAGGGAAUGCCAGAUCGGAGAGAUCCAAACAACACAGGGAGACUUGCUUACUGUGGAGCGUUUGUGUUCUUUCGAGUAAAUCCAAUAGCCUGUUUACCUCCUUGGACCAUUAAGAUAAUUUUUAUUAUGGACUUAGCAAUGACACUGAAUCCAUUUGUAUUUAAAACUGUUUAAAAUGUAGCUGUUAUGACUUGGUCAACAAUGGAAGUAAAGAAGACUCAGAAAUCUUAAGUCAUAGCUUAAAAAUAUUUACUAUACUUUAUCUCAAUACAACAGCACCACAAUUUAAAUUCUAAAACGGGCUUUUAACUGUAAUUUAAGGAGCAAUUAUAAAUCAAAAGUAAUGAAAGUUUGUAUUAUUUUUCUUCAUUCCAAUUAAUUUCCUUAGGACGAAUCCCCCUGUUCUGAACACUGCUGUGAGCCACAUAUACUAUAUUAAAGCGAACAACAAGGAAGGACUCAGUUUAAGGCAGCGCAUCAGUUACUGCAGCCAUGCAAGUCUAUAAAUUCUGUGCUAAGAGUCUGGGGCCAACUUGCCAUUGUGCACGUGAAGCUGAGAUUUCCAUUAAAACUUUAAGAGAAAAACAUUUCAGUUUCAUGCAAAAGCCAGACUUGGGGUAUGGUAGAGACUGAAGAACCAGGCCCUUUGCUGCCAUCACACAGGAUGCCUGAGUCCUUAUGUGAAUCACCCCAGCUCAGUUGUGUUUACAACCUCACCAGCCACAGAACAGCUUCUGCCCCGUUGGAUUGUUGCACGCAUGUUGAGAUUACUGAAAUGAUGCCGUGCAAAAGAUAGACUGGCUCGGCAACAACUAAGCAGACCCUUUCGCUGACAAUUGUGAUGGGUUCCAGAUGUCCCUUCUUUGAUAUGGCAGAAGGGCGUUUAUUUAUAUGAGAGCAAGUGUGUGUGUGUGAGCGGGUGCUUUUGAGUGUGUGGGUAGAUGAGUGUGCUUGCACAUAAAUGUGCUAUUUUUGUGAGUUUUUAAAGUAGGCAAGGGAUAACAACCAAAGAAGAAAACUCAUGAAGCCUAGAGAUCAUAAAGCAUAAUUUUAAUAGUCACCCAACCAUUUUGUAUUUUUUAUGGAUACUUUGAAUGGCAAUUAAAUGUGAAAUCAAGUUUCUUGGGCAAGUCAAAAUCUAGAAUCAAAUCCAGAAUCCUAAAUUAAAUUGACUAGCUCAUAUUUUCCCUAUCCACAAGUUUCAUGUCAUGUUCAUCAAAAGAUUCAACAGUGAGAUUAAAAGAAAGCAAAAAAGAAGAGGGAACUUUAACACUUGUAGCUUGCAGCAGGUUCUUGAUGAAUGUGCUUUGUGUCCUACAUGGUGUGUACACCAUGCUCUACCAACACCUCAAACUCCAACCAAAUAGCUUCUUUGUAAAGAUGCUACUUGCAGCUAAAGAGUAUGUUCAACCUUAGUCCAUCACUGUGCUCUCAAACUACAUGUCCGGUGUUUCACCUACACCAUGACCUAAUGUAGAUGAUUAGGUUUUCUCAGAAAGGAAAAGAGACUCACAGACUUCAAACACUAACCACAACUUCAGGUUUGUUGUGGACAGUCAGCAUGGGCUGUUUUUCUGCACACUCAGUCAUAGUCAUCCCUAUUUUCUCACCUGCUUUCUGUCUCAACACCAUAGCUCAUGUCCCUGAACUUUCCACAGAAAGUUACUGACAAUACUCAAAAAUUGCCAGGGCUGCUCUCUAUACUGCUCUUAGAAGGCCAGCCAGCAUGCUAUCUAUUCAGUGAAAGGGAGGCAGCUCGUGAGCAGUGUGCCCCCAGAGCUGAAUCCACUUGGUCCCUUGCAAAGAGUGGUUAACUUGGUGCUAAUGUGCCUUGGUGAAAUAAAGAAAGGAUGGGUGGUUUCUGUGGCAUUUUAGGCAUAGGUUUGCCAUCAGGAUCUGUUUUUCCCCAAAUAUAAAUAUCAGCUCAUGGUUUUAUUCCAAAAAGAUUUCUUACGUGACUAACUUGAGUCUGUUCUUCACCUCACUUGGAAACUAACAUGAUGAGGACCGUUGCCCUGGGCCAUCUUGACUGUGGGCAAGUGUUCCUUAGGAGUGUGCACCAGCCCCAAGACCAGGAGUAGAGAGCCCCCAGGAGCAGCAUCGCAGCAUCGGAUUUCUCUGCUGGAAGGAACCAAGCCUAGAAUGUGCCCUGAGUAGGGAAACAAAUCAUAUUCUGCAGCACAUCACAAUACUGCUGCUACGCUCUCGUCAGCCACAUGGCUACAUGAUGCUCUCUUCCUAAAUAAUAGCAAUAGGAUUGUCAGUGGUGGCUGAGCCACCAUGGCAAGCCCUCCAAAAGUAGUGUGCUAUACAGACUACUUAGAGAGACCCUCGGAAACUGGUGCCCUAUGACUGAGAACAGUAUCUGCCACCAGCACAAAGUUGGCCAAAAAAGGAAAGGUAAAACCCACCCAAAUGAUUAAAGCCCUUGAGAUACAUAGAAUUUCCUAAACCGUCCAUUUCGUUAGGAAUUUUAUUGGAGUGAAUGUCACAUAGGUAUCCUUAAUAAUACAGAAUGAAAUUACCUUUGUAUUAUUGUGAUUAGUUGUUGCUUAUUAUUUUAUACUCAGUAUUAAUGUGGUACACUGUUACUUUCUUUUUUUUUUUUUUUUUUGCUUUUGUAAAUUAUAUUCUAAUUUAUUGCCAUGUUUCCUAACACUUGUCCUACAUUCAUUCUCCUGCUUGUAAUGAAAAUGAAAAAGUCAUUGUAACACUUGAUGGAGUGAAAUUCCACACCAGGCACAGAUUUUUUUUUAACAUAGGUAAUUUAGUAAAAAUAAAAAUUCAGCUUAUAAGAAUGA